AAUUCCUGUUUUCCACGCGAUUUGCUUUUGAUAGUGGCGUUUUCUUGGAAACUUUUUGCAAAAGAAAGUGUCAUUUGAGGUUAUUGUUUUUGUUCUUGCAACCUCCCCCAGCAACCCCAGAGGUGCAAUCGAAGCCUUAUUCGCAAGUGCCGGCCUCGUUUCGUUCGUUCCCCGCGUUUAGAACCACUGGAUCUGCAUUUCGUCACGCAAUCUCAUGGUGGUGCGAGAUCACCUUCACAUUUGGUGACGGAUAAAUGCCAUCUGAGGUCGCACCUUUUCCUGGAGUUCCACUCUCCACUCCACCUCACGUCAUUCUCCCCCCAGAACUCACUUACAAUAUUCUCAUCAACCUCAUUUCCCAUCCUCAAACCCUUCUGUCCGCACUCUACGUUUCCCAUUCGUUUCACAUUUCCGCAAAAUGCCUCCUCCAGACAUACCAUCCAAGGUCUAUCGAAGCCAUAAAGACCCUAAAGUCUCUUUCGUCAGCACAACCAGAAGUGGUUGCUAAUGAUCUGUUCCAGCUAUUAUGGUCUGUCGUAACGGACGCGGAAGUGGAGGAGACGGAUGAGAGCGUUGGCUCGACGCUGACAGCAAAAGAAACACUCACCUGUAUCCUUAACCUCCUUCAAACAAGCGCUCAAACCAUGCCCCUUCAUCUGACAUCAAAAUACACUACGACAUUCACACUCCUUACACAAAAGUGGUCAAAAAGGUGCUGUAGAAAGCGGUACACGCACCUAGGCAACCUCGUUCAGACGAUCCUACUACAGCAACCCUUACAGCAAUUGUUUGAUCUACUUUUGCAAAGGCCUAUAUCACCAUACCCUACAGUUGUUCUCACGCACCAAAUCAUGCCCAAUCUCCUCGUACCAACAAACUCGUUGCAUUCCUUGAUCAAAAUGUCUUUUGAUGGACAUCCGAAUUCGCUUUGGUUGACGUGCGAGAUGUUGGCGUUAGUGGGUAAGAGACUGGACAAGGUCUCGGGGGAAAAGGAGAACAAUGUCUACUACAGGAGAUUGAGAAAAUGUGUCGAGAAUGCCAAUGUCGAGCAGAAAUCUAGAAUGGCAGUCACGCAUCUUCUCCAGCUUCGUAAGACAAAGUGGAUCCAUCCGUCAUCUGCAUCGUCAGAACUCUCAUGCUGCUCUUUUAUUUGCGUCUCGUAGUGUACCGCGCGACCAGUGGUACUUGUAUAUAGCUGGUUUUACAAUAUCUGUAUACGUGCGCACUUGACCAUUGAUCGUCCAUGGAUUAGUUUUUAGACCACUUAAAACACCCGUCACCAAAGGAACCCUAUUUUUGCCCACCAGCGGUCACUGCUUUGGAAAUAAAAGCAGAGAAGACGGAAGGAUCACACAAGUGUGCCAAUGCCUCAACAAGGGAUGAGCUAUAAACCCAUUGUAUUGUUUCUUCAACCCAAAUUGUACACCUUCCACCUCUUGCAAAGCCCAAUACCGAAAAACAACCAUUAACGUUAUUUUACAAACCAAGAAAAAAAGGAGGCAACAAAGGGACACAAUUCGAAAAACGAAAAUUAUAAUAACGCA